UAGAGAGAUACAUAAUAACCAGCCCAUGAGCGGCAUUGUUUGCUGCAUGUGGAGAAGGAGAUAGGGAGAUAGGGAGAUAGAGAUAGGAAUGAAGAAGUUUGUGAUGAUGGUGGCGGCGGUGUUGGUGGUGGCAGUGGUGGUGGAGGGGUCAGAGGGGUUCAGCUUGUGCAACAUGAGUGAGGAUGAUUUGAUGACAUGUAAGCCUGCAGUGAGCAAACCAUCGCCGGUGGAUCCAUCUCCGGAGUGCUGCAAGGCGCUUUCAGGAGCUGAUUUGACUUGCCUUUGCUCUUAUAAGAACUCAGAGACACUGCCGUUUCUUGGGAUUGAUCCUGAUCUUGCCAUGGCUCUUCCCUCCAAGUGCAACCUCACCCCUCCUGCUAGCUGCUAAGGUAAGUUGGUAACUUGAGAAAUAUUACUUCCUUUCUUUCAUGGUGAAUGUGUAAAAUUGUCUUAAUUCCUAUGUAGCUCUUUGUCAUUAUCGUAAAUGCUUGAAUAAGGGCCAUUAUGGAGUGAUUGUUAUAGUUUCUUUGUUUUCCCACGGAAUAUGAAAUUGUCUCAA